GGUUUUGUACACCUUGACUGCGCUUAUUCGUAUGGAAACGAAAAAGAUGUCGGUGACGUUCUUGAGCAGUUUUUCAAGGAUGCAAAGUUGAAGAGAGAGGAGUUGUUUAUUUCUUCUAAGCUGUGGAGCUCAUUUCAUGCAAAAGAUGAUGUUAUUAAAGCCUGCCAAGAAUCAAUUUCCAAUCUGAAAGUUGAUUACCUCGAUCUCUACAUUCUCCAUUGGCCAAUAACAAUUGCAUCUGGUCAUAAUAACCUUUUUUGCUCUGAUGAUGUAAAGUUGGGCUACAACCGAGAAAGAAUAGCAGAGUGCUGGAGAGCAAUGGAAGAUUUAGUUGAGAAAGGCCUCGUUAAAGCCAUUGGCACCUCAAAUAUUUCAAUCACUAAAAUGGAGAGAUUGCUGCAGACGGCAAGGAUUAUCCCAGCAGUUAACCAAGUGGAGUGCCAUGCCUACCUUCAGCAGGAGAAACUGGUCCAGUACGGCAGGUCUAAAGGCAUAGCGGUGGCAGCCUACAGGAGUCUUGGAAUUCCCAACCCUGGGAUGGAGAUGCCCGUUCUCCUGGAGGAUCCGGUGGUCUGUCAUAUUGCACAGAAGCAUUUCGUGACACCUGCACAAGUGUUGCUGGCAUUUGGAAUUGCUAGUGGGUUAGCUACUUGUUCUCACAAAAACCAAGAGUGA